CCCUCGUUUGCCAUGUCGCAGGUGCUGAUCGACAAGUCUCUUCUUGGGUGGAAGGAGUACGAGCUGGAGGUGAUGCGCGACCUGGCGGACAACGUGGUGAUCAUCUGCUCCAUCGAGAACAUCGACCCCAUGGGCGUGCACACCGGCGACUCCAUCACCGUCGCCCCUGCCCAGACGCUCACAGACAAGGAGUACCAGCGCCUGCGUGACUACUCGGUGGCCAUCAUCCGCGAGAUCGGUGUGGAGUGCGGGGGGUCGAACGUGCAGUUCGCCAUCAACCCCAAGGACGGCGAGGUGGUGGUCAUCGAGAUGAACCCGCGCGUCUCCCGCUCCUCCGCGCUCGCCUCCAAGGCCACCGGCUUCCCCAUCGCCAAGAUGGCUGCCAAGCUCUCUGUGGGGUACACGCUGGACCGCAUCCCCAAUGACAUCACCAAGAAGACCCCUGCCAGUUUCGAGCCCUCAAUUGACUACGUGGUCACCAAGAUCCCGCGCUUCGCCUUUGAGAAGUUCCCCGGCUCCGAGCCCACCCUCACCACCCAAAUGAAGUCCGUCGGCGAGGCCAUGGCCAUCGGACGCACCUUCCAGGAAAGCUUCCAGAAGGCGCUGCGCUCCCUCGAAACCGGCCAUUCAGGGUGGGGGUGCGAGCGCGUGAAGCAGCUCGAGUGGACCAUGGACGAGCUGAAGUAUUCGAUGCGCGUGCCGAACCCUGACCGCAUGUACGCCAUCUACGCGGCGAUGAAGCGCGGCAUGAGCCAGCGCCAGGUGCAGCAGCUCACCAACAUGGACCCCUGGUACCUCUCCCAGAUGGGGGAGUUGCUCGAGGUGGAGGAUUUUAUGGGCAAGCUGGACGGGCAGCUCAGGGCGCUCACCCGCGACGACAUGCUGCAGAUCAAGCGCAGGGGGUACUCUGACCGCCAGAUUGCGUACGCGCUGAAGUCGACGGAGGAGGAGGUGAGGAAGUAUAGGCUGGAGCUGGGGGUUGAGCCGGCUUUCAAGCGCGUGGACACGUGUGCGGCGGAGUUUGAGGCCAUGACGCCGUACCAGUACUCGUCGUACGACGAUGAGAACGAGGGGCAGCCGGACGCAGAGCGCAAGGUGCUCAUCCUCGGGGGCGGACCCAACCGCAUCGGGCAGGGGAUUGAGUUCGACUACUGCUGCUGCCACGCGUCAUUCGCGCUGCAAGCUGCGGGCUUCGAGACUAUCAUGAUGAACAGCAACCCGGAGACCGUCUCCACGGACUACGACACGUCCAACCGCCUCUACUUCGAGCCCCUGACAGUGGAGGAUGUGAUCAACGUCAUCAACCUGGAGCGGCCCGACGGGAUCAUUGUGCAGUUCGGCGGGCAGACUCCCUUGAAGCUAGCCGUGCCCAUCCAGCGGUAUCUGGAGGAGACGCAGCUGCAGGCGGCGAGCGGCUUGGGGCCGGUGCGCAUCUGGGGCACGUCGCCGGACUCCAUUGAUGCAGCGGAGGACCGGAAGCGGUUUGAGGCGAUGCUCAAUGAGCUGGGGAUCAACCAGCCGCCUGGGGGGAUUGCGAGGAGCGAGGAGGAUGCGCUGGCCGUGGCCAAGCGCGUGGGGUACCCCGUGGUGGUGCGCCCGUCGUACGUGCUGGGCGGGAGGGCCAUGGAGAUUGUGUACAACGAUGCGGCGCUGCAGAAGUACCUGGUCACAGCUGUGGAGGUGGACCCUGAACGCCCGGUGCUGGUCGACAAGUACCUCUCGAACGCCACUGAGCUGGACGUGGAUUGUCUGGCGGACAGCACGGGCGCGGUAGCCAUCGGGGGCAUCAUGGAGCACAUCGAGCAGGCGGGGGUGCACUCGGGGGACUCGGCUUGCUCCAUCCCCACGCAGAGCAUCUCCGAUGACGCCCUCGCCACCAUCCGCGACUGGACCACCCGCCUCGCCAGGAAGCUGAACGUGGUGGGGCUGAUGAACUGCCAGUAUGCCGUGAUGCCAACGGGCGAGGUGUACAUCAUCGAGGCCAACCCGCGCGCCUCCCGCACGGUGCCCUUCGUGGCCAAGGCCAUCGGCCACCCCCUCGCCAAUUACGCGUCCCUCGUCAUGGCGGGGCAAACGCUCAAGGAGCUGGGCUUCGAGAGGGAGGUCAUCCCCAACCAUGUGUCGGUCAAGGAGGCCGUGCUGCCCUUUGACAAGUUCCCCGGGUGCGACGUGCUGCUGGGGCCGGAGAUGCGCUCCACCGGGGAGGUCAUGGGGCUGGAUGUGAGCUUUGAAAAGGCGUUCCUCAAGGCGCAGAUCGCGGCGAACCAGCAGGUGCCGAGUGGCGGGUCGGUGUUUGUGAGCCUGAACGACCAGACGAAGGAGAGCGGCGUGGAGGUGGCCAAGAGCUUUGUGGAGCUGGGCUUUAAGAUCCUGGCCACGGAGGGCACGGCCAAUGUGCUGGAGGAUGGGGGCAUUGAGGUGGAGAGGGUGCUCAAGCUGCAUGAAGGAAGGCCACAUGCGGGCGAUCUGGUGUCCAACGGUCAGAUCCAGCUGCUCGUGAUCACAUCAGCUGGGGACGCCUUGGAUCAGAAGGACGGGCGGCUGCUGCGCCGCACGGCGCUGGGAAAGAAGGUGCCCAUCAUCACCACCAUCGCCUCGGCCCGAGCCACAGUGAAGGCCAUCCGGGGGCUGUUAGCGUCGCCCAUCGAGAUGAAGGCGCUGCAGGACUACUAUGUCGCGGGGAGCAAGGAGGCCAUUGCUGCCGCCGCUGCUGACGCUGCUGCUGCUGAUGCUGCGGCAGCGGCGGCAGUGAGCCAUUGAGCGGGUGUGCUGGGCUGGGACUAGCAGGCUUGUUGUUGCUGGGCAGGUGGCGGCUGACUUGCCUGGGCUUGGUGUGAGAGAAGUUGCUUGUGGUUUGUGUCACGGGCCGCCCAGAAUAUGGCUGGGGGAGGGCUUGCAAGGGGGAUGUGGGCUCAUGGGGGAAGGGGGGUGGUGAUAUGGUUUGACGAAGGUCACAAAGAGCUGCUGGGCAUAGCUUGCCAUACAAGAAUUCACACCUGAAUGCUGUUGCACUUCAAUGCUAUAUCAACCAGCGUGUGCUGCUGGCUCUAUUCAAUGUAAUGUAUGCCAGUGACGUGAUUGCUAGC